AUGGAGCGACUCAGGGAUCCUGCAGUCCACCCUUCCUCCCUCGUCUCUCCUAAGAACUUCCUCUUCUCUGAUAAUCCUGUUCCUCGACCUGUCAGGUCUUUACUUCCUCGGGCCAUGGACAAAUCGCAGCAGCCCAGCUCAUUCCAGCAGCUGGAAAAGGUAUCUUGCUCCUCACCGAUGAUCUACAAUGUCCCCAAACUGACUUCAUUCCGUUCCUCUAGCUGGGAGAAGGCACUUAUGCCACUGUAUGUUCCAAUAUUCCAUGAUCCUGAUCCUCAAAUCUCCUCUCUUCCCUGCGCCUCCCCUCUCAUGGGCGCAUUUUCCAUCCUCAUCGUCCCGCUCCGCUCCCCUCCGCGCCAUCACUAA